UCCUGGUACCUGGGUCCGGAGGGCUGCGAGCGCCAUGGGGACAGCCUCAUCGCUCGUGAGCCCCGCGGGCGGGGAGGUAAUCGAGGACACUUACGGGGUGGGCGGAGGCGAGGCCUGCGAGAUCCCGGUGGAGGUGAAACCCAAGGCCCGACUGCUGCGCAGCUCGUUCCGCCGGGGCGCGGGAGCGGGAGCCGCGGGGGCCGGGCCCGGGUCGCUGCCCCGCGGGGCGGGCGGCGGCGGACUGCUGGGGGCCAGCUUCAAGUCCACCGGCUCGUCGGUGCCCGAGCUGGAGUACGCGGUGGCUGAGUACGAGCGGCUGAAGAAGGAGUAUGAGAUCUUCCGGGUCAGCAAGAACCAGGAGUUGCUGUCCAUGGGCCGCCGAGAGGCCAAGCUGGACACGGAGAACAAGCGGCUGCGGGCCGAGCUGCAGGCACUUCAAAAAACUUAUCAGAAGAUACUUCGGGAAAAGGAGAGUGCUUUAGAAGCCAAAUACCAAGCAAUGGAAAGGGCAGCUACAUUUGAACAUGACAGAGAUAAAGUUAAAAGGCAAUUCAAGAUUUUUAGGGAGACCAAAGAAAAUGAAAUUCAGGACUUACUGAGAGCCAAGCGAGAGUUGGAGAGCAAACUUCAGAGGCUACAAGCGCAGGGGAUCCAAGUAUUUGAUCCUGGGGAGUCUGAUUCAGAUGACAACUGUACAGAUGUUACUGCUGCUGGAACCCAGUGUGAAUAUUGGCCUGGUGGAGCCUUGGGAAGUGAACCUUCCAUAGGGAGUAUGAUCCAGCUUCAGCAAUCCUUCAGGGGCCCAGAGUUCGCACAUAGUUCUAUAGAUGUAGAAGGACCCUUUGCAAACGUCAACAGAGAUGACUGGGAUAUUGCUGUAGCUAGCUUAUUACAAGUUACUCCCUUGUUUUCACAUUCUCUAUGGAGUAACACUGUCAGAUGUUACCUCAUUUAUACAGAUGAAACCCAGCCUGAAAUGGAUCUUUUUCUUAAGGACUAUUCACCUAAACUUAAAAGAAUGUGUGAGACAAUGGGAUAUUUUUUCCAUGCUGUAUAUUUUCCAAUAGAUGUUGAAAAUCAAUACCUCACUGUAAGAAAAUGGGAAAUUGAGAAGAGUUCAUUAGUUAUCUUAUUCAUUCAUUUAACUUUACCAAGCCUUUUAUUGGAAGACUGUGAAGAAGCUUUUCUGAAAAAUCCUGAAGGCAAACCACGAUUAAUUUAUCAUCGUUUGGAGGAUGGGAAAGUCAGUUCCGACUCUGUCCAGCAAUUGAUUGACCAAGUUGCCAACCUGAACAAGACCAACAAAGCCAAGAUCAUUGAUCACACAGGAGAUCCUGCAGAAGGUGUAUAUAAAACUUACAGUUAUGUGGAAAAGAUUAUUAAACAGGACAUCCUAGGCUUUGAGAACACAGACCUGGACACUAAGGAUUUGGGCAGUGAAGAUUCUAUUCCAGAAGAAGACGAUUUUGGCGAUGUUCUAUGGGACAUACAUGAUGAACAAGAGCAAAUGGAAACUUUUCAACAGGCUUCAAAUUCAGCCCAUGAGUUGGGAUUUGAGAAAUAUUAUGAACGCCUCAAUGAUCUAGUGGCAGCACCAGCACCAAUUCCACCCCUGCUCAUAUCUGGAGGACCAGGCUCUGGAAAGUCUCUGCUUUUAUCAAAGUGGAUUCAAUUACAACAGAAGAAUUCCCCUAAUACACUAAUUCUUUCUCAUUUUGUGGGGAGGCCCAUGUCAACCAGCUCAGAGUCUUCCUUGAUUAUUAAACGACUUACUCUAAAGCUGAUGCAGCACUCUUGGUCAGUGUCUGCUCUGACCCUGGAUCCUGCGAAGCUUCUGGAAGAAUUUCCUCGUUGGCUGGAAAAACUCUCUGCGCGUCAUCAAGGCAGCAUCAUCAUCAUUAUUGAUUCUAUAGAUCAAGUUCAGCAAGUUGAAAAACACAUGAAAUGGCUGAUAGAUCCCCUGCCAGUGAAUGUAAGAGUAAUUGUUUCUGUGAAUGUAGAAACAUGCCCUCCAGCAUGGAGGUUGUGGCCUACACUUCAUCUUGAUCCUUUAAAUCCGAAAGAUGCAAAAUCUAUUAUAAUUGCAGAGUGCCACUCUGUAGACAUUAAAUUGAGUAAAGAGCAGGAGAAGAAGCUAGAACGACAUUGUCGUUCUGCUGCAACCUGCAAUGCCCUGUAUGUCACCCUUUUCGGCAAAAUGAUUGCAUGUGCUGGGAGAUCAGGCAAUUUAGAUAAAAUUCUUCAUCAGUGUUUCCAGUGUCAAGAUACAGUUUCAUUAUACAGACUUGUUCUGCGAUCCAUCCAGGAGUCCAUGACGAAUGAUAUGGAUAAAGAACUCAUGAAACAGAUUCUCUGCCUCAUAAAUGUUAGUCAUAAUGGUGUGAGUGAAUCAGAGUUGAUGGAACUCUAUCCAGAGAUGUCCUGGGCUCUCUUGACCUCCCUUAUUCACAGUUUACACAAACUGUGUUUGUUGACUUAUGGUUGUGGCUUGCUCAAGUUUCAACAUCUACAGGCUUGGGAAACAGUGAGACUAGAGUACAUGGAAGAUGCCACCAUUAUUUCUUCUUAUAGGCAGAAGCUAAUCAACUACUUCACCAUGCAGCUAAGUCAGGACCCAGUGACCUGGAGAAGCGCAGAUGAACUCCCGUGGCUUUUUCAGCAGCAGGGAAGUAAACAGAGGUUGCACGAUUGUCUUCUCAAUCUCUUUGUGUCUCAAAACCUUUAUAAAAGAGGACAUUUUGCUGAGUUGCUGAGCUACUGGCAGUUUGUGGGCAAAGACAAAAGCGCGAUGGCAGCCGAGUACUUCGAUUCACUGAAGCAGUAUGAGAAAAACUGUGAGGGCGAGGAGAACAUGAUGUGCUUAGCAGAUCUCUAUGAAACCCUGGGGCGCUUCCUCAAGGACCUGGGCCUGCUCAGUCAGGCUGUGGUACCUUUGCAGAGGUCUCUAGAAAUUCGAGAAACAGCUUUGGAUCCAGAUCACCCAAGAGUAGCUCAGUCCCUUCACCAGUUGGCAAGUGUGUAUGUGCAGUGGAAGAAGUUUGGCAACGCAGAGCAACUGUACAAACAGGCAUUAGAAAUCUCUGAAAAUGCCUAUGGUGCAGACCAUCCACAUAUUGCUCGUGAACUUGAGGCACUUGCAACUUUGUACCAGAAACAAAAUAAAUAUGAACAAGCUGAACAUUUUAGGAAAAAAUCCUUUAAGAUUCGUCAAAAAGCUACAAGGAGAAAAGGCAACUUGUAUGGAUUUGCCCUUUUGCGUAGACGGGCCCUACAGUUAGAAGAGCUUACCUUAGGUAAGGACACACCGGACAAUGCUCGGACCCUCAAUGAACUGGGUGUUCUCUACUAUCUUCAGAAUAACUUGGAGACAGCUGACCAGUUCCUGAAACGUUCCUUAGAAAUGAGGGAGCGCGUUCUGGGACCAGAUCACCCUGACUGUGCCCAGUCUUUGAAUAACCUGGCGGCUCUAUGCAAUGAAAUGAAACAGUAUGAUAAGGCGGAAGAACUUUAUGAAAGAGCUUUAGACAUUCGGAGACGAGCGCUAGCUCCUGAUCACCCUUCUUUGGCUUACACAGGGAAGCAUCUCGCAAUCUUGUAUAAGAAAAUGGGGAAACUUGACAAAGCUGUACCUUUGUACGAGCUGGCUGUUGAAAUCCGGCAGAAAUCCUUUGGCCCAAAGCACCCUAGUGUAGCUACUGCCUUGGUGAACUUAGCUGUUCUCUAUAGCCAAAUGAAAAAACACAUUGAAGCCUUGCCACUGUAUGAAAGAGCAUUAAAGAUUUACGAAGACAGCCUGGGUCGGAUGCAUCCUCGAGUUGGAGAAACUUUAAAAAAUUUAGCUGUGCUCAGCUAUGAAGAAGGGGAUUUUGAAAAAGCUGCUGAACUGUACAAAAGAGCGAUGGAAAUAAAAGAAGCAGAAACGUCACUUUUGGGUGGAAAAGCUCCUUCCCGACACUCAUCGAGUGGAGAUACAUUUAGUGUAAAAACAACCCAUUCUCCUAAUGUUUUCCUUCAUCAAGGACAAAGUUAAAAGAAUUAACUUCCCAGUUGUGUGGGAUCCAGGGCUACAGACGCUAGAAUCCUAAGAUGCCAUGAAGAAUGAGUUGGUCUCUAUUCAACAAGAGCUGGCAGAGCAGUUAUGCAGGGAGUUCAAGAACUACAAGAUUCUUUUCAUCUCUCAUAAGUACUUUACCUCACCAUUCCUUAUGUUCCUUUUCAGCAGUAGUCUGGCCCAGUUCUCUACCUCAAAGAAAAGUUUCAAGGAAUAAAGGGAUAAUGUUUAUGAAAAGUAUGAAUUGUCUUCUGUAAAAUGACUAGUAACAAGAAUCUCUGUUACUUUUUUUUUUCUUUCAAAUUCUACCUUUUCCUUGAGCAGAUUGGGCCAAGUCCUCUGCUUUCUGUGCUCUGUACAUUGUAUAUUAUUUGUCUGUGUAGUAUAUAUCUGCAUAAUCUGAAGUAAUUAAUGCAACAAAUCAAGCUUGUUGGCAUUCUUUGGCCUUACCCAAAAUAUGGACGUGACAUUCUCUUCUUUUUUCUUAAAUGGCCUAAAUCUAUCUCUUCAUUUAUCUCCAACUCAAAUUAGUCUGCCUUUUAUACUGAAAAUUAAAUAUUUUUUAUAGUUUUUGUAAAUAUUGCCACAUUUUGGAUAUUAUUUUGUACCAUCCAUGUAUUUAUAUACAAUAAAAUCUUUAAUUUUAAUACUUGGUAAAAGACAUAAUAACCAUACUCCACUGUUUUAAAAUAAAAGUGCAAUUUUAAGUUCCCCCUUUUCUACUCAAUACAAGAGGGUUAUAUAACUAAGAAGUACAUUACCAAAAGGACUGCAUGUUGUUACUACUCGCUGAGUAGUUUGCUCCACUUGAGCUUUGGUGACUGUAUAGGCUUUUGGUGAUUUUAAGGCCUGGCUACUCACAGGGUGGUCCAUGAACCCACCAUCUGGAAGCUUGCUAAAAAUUCACUCUUGAGAUUCUCCCCAGACCUACUAAAUCAGAAUCAAUUUAGCUAGAUCCUUGGAUGAUUCAGGUGCACAUAAAAAAGCAAUGGUCUAACUCUAAGGCACUACAGUGGUGACUGAAAAGAAAUUAGGUAGGGUCUUAUAAAGCAAACAGCCUUCUUCCCCCUCUUUUGAGAGACAUUCAAGAGGGGGGAAAAAAACCAAAUAUGACCAUAAGACAUCUUUCUGAGUUUGCCAGCUAUGAAAGGCACAAAGUAAUUUAAUUUACAAAUAUACCAAACAUUGAUUUUAUAAUUAAGCUACUUAAGAGUUUAAAAUUUGAUUAUUUGGUGAUAAUAGUAAAUUAAUACAAGUAAUAUAUUAAAUUUAAAUGCUAAAACUGCUUUAGAAAAUAAUUUGAGAUCAAUGUACUAGAAGAACCUUGAAAAAAGGCAAAACUAGCAAAAGAGUAAUAUCCAUUUAGUAGCAGUAACAAAAUUUGGACUUGAAAAAAACAGAAAAAUGGAAACUUUUCAUAGUCUUCAAGUUAAUGUUAUGGUAAAGUUAUUAUGGUAAAAAUUCACUAAUUAUAUCUGGGGCGUAAUGUCUAUUUCAAAAAGUUUAAGUUCAAAUAUAAUUUUUAAAGCUAUUUUGAUCAUACUACUUAAUUGUACUACCAGCUCAGAUAUUUUAAUAUAGAAUGCCUACUUAUGAAGAAAAAAAUAGCUGGGGCAGACAUUUAUGUGUAUUUGAGGUUCUCAAAUUGGAAUAUUAUGUUCACUUUAAUAUACACCUUCAUGAUGAAAAAGGUAGCUUUCAACAACUCAUAGUUAUAAAACUGAAUUGCUAGGAUCCAAAUUAUGGUAGUUAUAAUUAAUUUUAUUAAUAAAACUUUAUAGAAAGGAAUUUAAAAAUGCAAUUUGGGAGAGGUCAAAGCUUCGUUAAUAAAUACUCCUAAAUGAGAUCAACCAAAGGACUUGUAUGCAUGCAUAUAAGCAUAACCAAUGGAUGCAA